AUGGAUCCCUUUACCAUAAACUCUCCCGGGUUUACUUUGCUCUUAGCUUCGCAGAGCAGUCCAACAAUGGACUGCAGCUUUGCUGAGGCAGUAGGCAACUCUCUCGGGUUAGUGAAACCGGUGGUAAAGAGAAAGUGGUUAACAAAAGAAGACCUAGUGCUCAUCAGUGGUUGGCUGAACACGAGCAAGGAUGCUAUUGUCAGUAACGAGCAGAAGGGAGGAUCCUUUUGGAAGAGAAUUGAGGACUACUUCAAUUCAAGCGCUCAGCUCACUGGCUCCGUUGCUAGAGAGUGGAGUCAGUGUAAGCAGAGGUGGGGAAGGGUGAACGAGCAGGUGUGCAAGUUUGUGGGGAGUUAUGAGGCAGCUUUGAAGGAGCAAUCUAGUGGUCAAAAUGAGAAUGAUGUCAUGAAGGCUUCCCAUGACAUCUUCUUUAAUGAUUACCAUGUGAAGUUCACCAUGGAACACUGUUGGAGGGAACUGAGAUAUUAUCAGAAAUGGAAGUCAUACUCGAAGUCCAUAGAUGGCGCGAAGGAGAAAAGGAAGGAGAAUGAAGAGGUGAUGCAUGAGGAGGAGGUUAGACCGGCGGGUGUAAAGGCUGCGAAAGCAAGCAAACGCAAGCAAACACAAGCGGCACGGGAAUGA